AUGUCGCAACAAGAUGGGCCUGCAACUUCCUCACACAUGAUGAAGACAACAAAACGAGGGCGGCCAUUCCUCAAGGAUACCCUCGAUCUUUUCGCCACCCUUAUCGUCUCCCUUCAGCUCACUUCUCACAAGCAAUUCUUCAGGACAUUCCCUCACUCUUUCACAACUGACGAAGCCGCCCAGAAUCUCGCCUCCCUCAAGUUCUCUCAGUCAAAUCGUGGGCCGGACCCAAGAGAACCAACAAGAGUCGUCACAACAACAACGACAACCACCUUCUCAAUGACCCGUGACAUGGCCAAGGCGAUGAGCCAGCACUUCAUGGAUGCCCGUCUCAUCGAAAACGCCGCAGACCCAACCUCAAACCUCUUCAAGGACCGCGGCGUUUACCAACUCACCCCCAAGGGCCUCCAUGUUCUCGAGCGGUUCAUCAGCAAAAAUGGCAUCAACUCUGAUCACCUCCAACCAGUAUUCGCCUCCAACCCAAUCUGCGUCAAGCUGCUCCAUCUCGAGAGACGGUCCGCCGACGACGAGAUCAUUGUCACCCAGUCUGUCAUCACGGCCCUCUUCCGUCGCUUUGUCGGCCGACUCCCCAACUAUCCUCCCGCCCCCAACGACAAGCCCAUGGACGCAUUCCAGCGGUACAAUGAACGCGCAAAGGGCAUCGCCCUUCACGACGUAACCGAGCGGGCCCAGCCUCUGCUCGGUAAAGGCCAGCAAGUUCACAAGUACUGCUUCCAUGCCGUCGCAGCGCUGGAAUGGCUGUGCGACUUUACCUCGGUCGUCGGGCGAGAAGAGGCUGCUGAGAUGGCUGCCCAAUUCGUGCGUUUCGGCCUCAUCACCCUCGUCAGCGACAAGCGGAAGAACAAUGAUUCUGCCAUCAUUUUCACCGUACGUGGAUCAGCUCCAGGUGGUAACUCGCCAGUCAGUCAAAUUGGCGAAUUCCGAUGCACCGCAAAGGCAAUCUAUCGGAUCACUGAAGAGGGUCAGCGACUUGCUCACUGGAACGAACGACUCAACUCCCCCAAUACCUCCUCCGUCAAUCUCACUGAGCGCUCCUCAAUCGACGCCUCGGUCGAUGGCACCAGUGACUCAAAGAAGGACGCUAAAAUCCAUCGCCGUAUCUCCAUGGCCGAGAAGAUGAAUGCUAGUUACGAGCAUGCUGAGAAGAAGACCGCAAGGGAGAGCAACACUGAUCGGCUCCGGUACAUCCUCGAAGAACCCGGUCUUCGUUCCCUGUUCCGCGAGUUCUUGCGUGGCAACUUCUGCGAAGAGAACCUUUCCUUCUGGCUCGACGUGCAAGACUUCCGCAAGAAGUUCAGCACUACCUCGAGUGCCAUGGCUGCUACAGGCCCCACCGCAAGACCCGGUAGCAAGAACACUCCAGGACAGGCCGCCAUGGAGCGACAUCAUGAGGCCCUUAUCAACACCGCCUUCGUCAUCUACAACACUUACCUCGCGCCAUCGAGUCAGUGCGAACUCAACAUUGAUCAUGGUCUUCGAAACGAGUUGGUCAAGUACCUUGAAGAGGUGGUCACCAGCAUGACCGGCAAGGCUUUCCACGGUCGCAUCGAACCCGAACAAGCAAACGCUUUCAAUGCGACCCAGCUCCAGACGAUGAUCAAGUUGUAUGAGCGAAUCCAAACCCAUGUUUUCCGUCUCAUGGCUACGGAUUCGGUGCCCAAGUUCAUCAAGACGCCCAAGUUCCUGGCGAUGCGCAACUGGGUCGAGGACUUUGACCCAACCGAGAACGAUAUCCAUAUGUUGACGGCCAACCCUUCGUCACCACCGGGGCUCAGCAACGUUGCUGAAGAGGUUGGUGGUGCCUACAUCACCAUCUCUCAGCAUGCCAGCGAACGAGAACAUCGUCAACAGCUCGCUGCCGCAAAAGAUGCUGCGUCCUCAUCAUAGGUCUGCCCAUGCAAUCUUUCCGCCCUAUGAUUGUACAUUACGGAUCCUUCUCGUUCAUUGGCCAUCUUUAUGGACCUAUGCGGCCAUCACUGCAACUCACUUAUGCGCAUCUCACAUCCUCCUCAUGCUAUAGCAUCCUUCCCUUCUCACAGCAUCAACAUCCUUCAGAGUGACGAUCUGUUCACUCUUUCCUCUACUUACUGUCCUGGCGGCGCCCUAUUUCUAUUUCUACCUUCGACUACCCAUUUAAUUGCUUCCCUGUCACCAGACAACUUUGGAUCGUCAUUUUGCUUUUUUAUCUUUUUUUUUCCCUUUAUAUCUCAAGUCUCUGUAAUAGCUAAUACCUUACGCACUCCAUAUACCUCAUUUUCGCCUUGGUUAUGGGUAAUAAUAUCGAACGAACCUUGUGUCAUUUAGCACUACUUUAUCCUCCUGUAUAUGUACCACGAAUGACCAGCCACGAAAUUUCC